AUGAAUUAACUACUGAAUAGUAGAGGCUUUAAUGAUGCUUAAGCAAGAUUUAACUUUAAAAAAUGUAAAUCUACAACUAAAUACUUCGAUUACAAUGAUGCCAUAUUAGCAUGCAAAAAAACUUGGAGAUUAUUAUUAAUUUUAAGAGGUGAUUGA